CAACACGAGCGCCAGUGCCGGGAAAAGCCGAGCGCAGCCAUGUUGAAGGCAGCCUUAGCCCUAUGUCUGCUAUUUGCAGUCUGCUGUGCUGCGCCUUCUACGGCGUCUCGAAGGCUUCUUACACUUGAGGUCGAUGAUCGGAUUUUAGGAGGUGAGGUCGCGAACAUCUCCGAUUACCCGUGGAUGGUCUCAGUAGAGUACUUGGAGGCGCACCGCUGUGGCGGCACCAUCGUCAGCUCCAGCUGGGUGAUGACUGUUGCUUCGUGCAUCUGGGGCACAACCGCCAACAACUUUGCCCUGCGGGUCGGCACUUCCAUUCGAGAGAGCGGCGGCACCGCCUACUCAGCCUCCCAGUUGUUCUGGCACGACGAUUACGUUGCUGCAACAUCAGACUACGACAUUGGUUUCUUCCAGACCACUGAUUCCAUUUCCUUUGAUGACAACGUUCAGGCCAUUCCUUUGGCGACUGAGGAGCUCGAGGCAGGCACUUCCGUGACGGUGAGUGGCUGGGGAAGCCUUCAACCUGGGGCAGACUACCCGGAGCAGCUGCACGCCGUCAACACGACCAUCAUCGACCGCUCUUCGUGCAACGCCACCUACGAAGGCCUCAUUACGGAGAACAUGAUCUGCGCUGGUGAGCCCGAAGGCGGCAAAGACUCUUGCAACGGUGACAAAGGGGGCCCUCUGGUUGCGAACUCCACGCAGUACGGUAUCAUUUCGUGGGGGUACGGUUGUUUUUACCCACCAUAUCCAGGUGUCUACACCAACAUCGUUUCCCUGCGCUCUUGGAUUAAUGAAAAAAUCGGCGUCUAAUUAAUUCUAUGAUAUCUGUAUUCAAAAAGUUGCCUCAUGUAUGCACACACACACAUACAGACGUACACAUCUAUAUAAGACUAAGAUUAGUUUUAGAUGUGCAUCUUCAUCUAUGUCCAAACCUGUUUCUUCUUCUAUAAAAUUAUUCUGCGUGUGAGCGCUCAUCAGGAGAAGUCACAGUGGAGUAGGCAUGAGGUAGACUGAGAGUAGAUUGUGAGUAGGUUUCCUCGACAACGAAAAGGAGAAGUAUAUCAGAAUUGAAUAUAUUAGCAGUAAACUAGUGAAAUGUAAGUCUAAUUUCAAAACCACAUUUCUCAAUUUCCUCUAGAAAUGAGUGUAAAAUAGCAAUUUCUGAUGACUAGAAGUUUCAGUAAUAUUUACAGUUCAGGAAAGGCAUGGAAGUCAUUUAGUGCUAUACCCUUGUCAACACCACGAACAAAGUGUUAACCGAAACAAUAACUCAGCUUCAUGAAGCACCUCUUGUAAGGACAAGACACGUUCAGGAAGGACAUACCUCGGUAUAAAGCCACCUCUUUCAUUAAACCAAUAUGUUUAAAUGGAGAUAAUUUAACAAACAAACUCCUUUAUUGCCUGUAACAUAGGAUAUUAAGAUAUGUACAAAUAUAGAUCACAUGUUCUGCGUUUAAACAGAUGUAUAGAUGUUAUUAAAUUCUUAUUUCGAAUGCAAAGGUCAACAAAAUGCUGCUUUCAUUAUAGAAUUUGAUGUGAAAUACUAAAGAAUAACUGUUCCGACUCAGAAACUGAAUCAUGUCUUUAAAAAAGUAUGUAUUAAAGAGUAAUUUAAGGAGUAAAUAAA